AUGUUCGGCCGCCUUACCCACUACGCGUUCGAUGCCGUCCUCUUCUCUGCCUUCCUUGCUGGCGUCAAGCGCUCUACCGGUCUCACUGUGAAGACCGAGCAAAUCUCCGAUAACAAAGAAGUCAAGAAGUGGGUCGACAACUACCUUGGUGUCGGCGAGUGGGUUAUGGAUCAGUCAGUCGCAGUGAUGGGAUCCUCCAGCUGGUUCGAGCGUCGACGAUAA